AUCCCUACUUUGUACUGAUUUUAGUGUUUUAUUUUUGGAAUUUGGGAAUUGUGAGUUUUAGUAAGAAAUUUGUGUUUGUACGUAGAUUAAUUUGGAUUGAUUUUAGUGAUAAACGGAACUAUGAUAACAAACAAAAUAUAAGAUGUCUGUUGAAAACUGUUUAGUCAAGGCGAUCUAUUCAUUCAAGGGCAAGAACAAUGACGAACUGUGCUUUAAAAAAGGAGAUAUUAUUACUGUUACUCAGAAAGAAGAAGGUGGAUGGUGGGAAGGCACAUUGGGGGAGACCACAGGAUGGUUUCCAAGUAAUUAUGUGACAGAAUAUAAAGACCCAUCAGGUUCAGUUACUACUUCACCUAUUAGAGCAGCGUCUGAAAUUCAAGCUUUUAGAAAUGUGGUACUUAAAGACAUCAUUGAUUCUGAGAAGGCUCAUGUUGCUGAAAUGCAGGGAUUGGUCAAUAACUUCUUACAACCACUGGAGAAAAGUGAAAUGUUGACGAAAGAUGAGUUCAAGCAGCUUACUGGGAAUAUAAAUGAUGUCCUGCAAAUUCAUGAACAGUUUUUAGCGUUAUUGGAAGAAUGUGCUAUGAAGACAGGUCCUGAUCAAAGAGUUGGCGGUCUUUUCUUGCAAUGGGCGCCUAGAAUUAAAUCUGUUCAUCAGAUAUAUUGUGCUGGUCAUCCCAAAGCAGUGUGUAUACUGGAUAAGUACAAGGAGGAAUUGAACGCCUGGAUGGAGAAUGCCGGUGCUGUAUGUCCUGGUGUUUUAGUGUUGACGGCAGGCUUGUCUAAACCGUUUCGAAGACUUGGAAAAUAUCCAGCGAUGCUCCAAGAGCUUGCUCGGCAUGUACACGAAGCCCAUCCUGAUAGGGGUGACACACAUCGAGCAUCCAUUGUAUAUAAAGAUAUUGCUAGUGGCUGUGCAGCAUUGCGCCGUCAAAAAGAACUGGAACUACAAGUCGUAACUGGUGAAGUUCGCGGCUGGCCUGGUGGCGAACUGGCCGCGUUGGGAGAUGUCUUACAUAUGGGAAGUGUCGCUGUUGGUCCGUCUCACCAAGACCGCUAUCUUGUUUUAUUCCCAUCUGCUCUAUUGUUGUUGUCAGUUAGUAAACGAGUUUCUGCGUUUGUGUAUGAGGGUUGCCUUCCAUUAACGGGUAUUACUGUAUGUAAACUUGAUGAUACGGAUACAAGGAAGAAUGCAUUUGAAAUUAGUGGACCUAUGAUAGACACUAUUGUAGCUGUAUGUCAGACAAGAGCUGAGGCUGACAAUUGGGUCAGUUUAUUGCAAAAACACUCAAACACAAACAGUCCUACUCAUGAACCAGGGCAGCCGCAGUCUUUACCCCAUAUGACCAUGAGCGAAAGCAAUAACUCUGACUUAUCUUCCGGAUUGUCCAACCACAAAAGAUCACACUCAUUCAACAACCAUCAAAGCUAUACACAACAUACGCAGCAAACUCAAAAAAAUAAACAAAACCAGUCCGCACGUUGGCUAUUAAAUUCAUGCGACUCCCUCGACCACUCGCCCGCUAAGACAAACAAGAACUCUAUUGGAAAGAAGUUCUCUUCGGUGGAUUUUAUCGACAUAAAUAAUUUGAACUACAGUAAUAAAGGGUGGAGUGUAACAUGUUUGCGUCCCGCACCGCCUCUGAGACCACAGUCGUUUACGAUAGGCUCAGACGAAAAUAUUGGACCGACCCAUCCUUAUGCGCCGCACCAAAGAAAAUCCAACUCUUACGAAGAAGACGCACUCAUACUCAAAGUCAUAGAAGCAUACUGUACCUCAGCGCGUUGUAGGAACGCCGUAAGUUCCGUACCCAAUAUACCACUGGAGAUAUUCGAGUCCACAAGGAGGAGACAUGCAAAAUCAAGAAACCGUAUAAUCAGUUGGUUUUUGGAAUAAAAGAUCUGUAUUUAUUUAAUAAACCAAAUAUCGCUAGUCAUAUAAAAGUUAGCGCUUCUGAAUAUUAUAAUCGUUGUUAAAGUAUUGUUAUCGUUGGUGUAUUAUUUAACGCACCGAUGUUACUAAAUACUAUAUGUACAUACAUACUCGCAAAUUAUUAUGAUAUGAGCACAUGUCUCUAAAUGCAUGAUAAUGCAGCAUGCUUUCGUAAUGUAACUAUCUCUUUUACUCAUAAUAUUUUCUCGUAGAUCUGAGUAUACUUUUAUCUGUAACUAUAGGGAUGUAUAGUAGCUUUUAGCAAAAUAUAAACUAUCUCAUAUUUAGUUUAGAUAUAAUCAGUACAAAGUAGCUAGUCGUUAUCGUGGUACUGGUCAAACGUGGUGGUAUAUCGUUUUGUUUUUAGAAUUUUUGCAAGUAAAAAAUAUUGCUCGCCCUUUUACUCUCCUUUGAGCUGAAAGUAAUGAGUAUAAUCUUGACAUUUGAUUUUAUUUAUAUGCAGACAUUGCUGUAAUUUAAUAUAAUCGCAUAAUCUGUAUAGUUUUAAUAAUCUAUUUAUUAGUAGGCCUUACGCUAUUAUCAUAAAAUAUUUAAUGUUUCUGCAUUUUGCAAAAUAAUAAGCAUUUUAUAAUUUAUAAUUGGCGACGUUACUAACAGAUUAAUAACAAGCCUCGACUCCGUAAAUUCUUCCAAAGCGCGAAGUGAAUAUAAAAAUCUAACUGAACACUGGCCUGUUUCUUUGAGACGAGGUAGUCUGAACCUUUCUAUUUUGUUACAUGCGGCUGCCUAUUUAUCGCACCUGCAGUGGAUUGCGGCCACUUGUCUGUCGAAUGCGACGACGAAAUUCCUUCGAUAGAAGCGUUAGUCCGAUCACCUUCUUUACCAAUCCACAACACGAAUAUCCCACCUACCAUCUGGACAGUCGUGAUGCGAUUACAAAACGAAGUGAAGACGCUCAAGUUGGAUGUGAAAAAUUUACAACUACAAUUAAACGAGGAACGCCAGGAACGUACUCUUGCCAUAGCCGCUUUGCAAUCCAAAAAUAUAUUGAAAGAUGCUAAAGAAAGCAAAUGUUAAUAACGUCUAUAAUACUAACGUUAUAUUUGUUAAUCAUUCUACAAGUAUUAUUAACUUACUGAAUAAAUAUACCAGUUUAUAUAAGAAAUC